CCCGUUUGCAAACAGCGGGGGCGCCAGCGUCAGCUUCGCCGCAGCGGCGCCGCCGCCCCCGCUCGCGUCGUCGUCGCUGCUGCAGCGGAGCGGCAGCUUCGGCGGUCCCCGGGCGAGCACGUUCGGAACGGGCGGCCUGGGCGGGGCCGGCGGCGGCGUCGGGUCGCUGCUGGCGGGCGGAAGCCUGAUCGGCGGGCUUGGUGGCGGCGUGGCGCAGAGGGCGAGCCAGGUGCUGCAGCGGGGCCCCGGGCUGUCAAACUUGGGCAGCAGCCUGCGGGCCGACGGCGUGCUGAGCGCGCGCACGUGACGAAGCGG